CAGGAACUAGGCAGCGAAGUAGAGAGGGAAGGAGGAAACCUGGAGGGAAUAAGAUACCACAUCAAAACAACAGGAAUCAUCUUGGAAAAGCCUUUCGUCUUUUAAAUAUGGCUACAAAAGCAGAACAGUGAAAUCGGAGGGCUUCUGAGCAUGCUGGCUGGCUGAUGUAAAACCCGAUUGCCAGCUGCUCCUGGAUUCGCUCAUCGAAGUUUUGGCUGAAGAAGUUCACAGCGGCGCGACAAGUUGUUAACGUUAUCACCGGGGCAGUCGUCUCCUUCUGAUACAGCCUAACAACAGAAAGAGAAGACAUGGUGUCCUGGAUCAUUUCGAGAAGCGUUGUGCUGCUGUUUGGGACGCUGUAUCCUGCAUACUAUUCUUACAAAGCUGUCAAGACCAAAAAUGUCAAGGAAUAUGUCCGGUGGAUGAUGUACUGGAUUGUAUUUGCCCUCUACACUGUUGUGGAGACUAUCACUGACCUAACACUAGCAUGGUUUCCUCUGUACUACGAGCUGAAGAUAGCUUUUGUGAUCUGGCUGCUGUCCCCCUACACCAGAGGAGCAAGUCUUAUUUACAGGAAGUGUUUGCACCCUCUGCUGUCCUCCAGAGAGCGGGAAAUAGACGAGUAUAUUGUGCAGGCCAAGGAGAGGAGCUAUGAAACCAUGGUCAACUUUGGCAAGCAGGGACUGAGCAUUGCAGCCACCGCCGCUGUCUCUGCAGCUGUCAAGGGUCAGGGGGCCAUCACAGAGAAGCUGCGUAGCUUGAGUAUGCACGACCUGACUCAGAUAAGCCAGCAGGACGACGGAGGAAACCAGCUGUACCAGUACAGCUCCCACUCAGCCAACCCUGCUGUCAGGAGGUCUCAGAGCAGUGACGCUGCAGACGGAGCUGAAUACUUUUAUGAGCAGGAGGAAAGGACAGAUGAAGAGGCUGAGCCAACCUUCUCUGAAGACGAGGCUGUCACUCAGAAAGGACUGAGGCGAUCGCAAAGUGUCAAGAUCUCACGAUCCAGGGUCCGCAAAGAUGCUCGUUAUGGAUCACUGAAGAUUAAAGGCAAGAAGAGACCAGCACUGAGCUCUGUCAACUACGGACUGUGAAGAGACUACUGCUGACACACACACACACACACACACACACACACACACACACACACACACACACACACACACACACACACACACACACACACACACACACUGGUGGAUGGUAUUGUCAGCUUGUUUUCCAGCUCUGACUUUUCACUCCGUUGAACUUUUUGAUGACGACCUUUCUGUUGACAUAUUUAUUACCUGAUUCUUUCAAAACCAGUGGUUCUUAGAGAUUUUAUUCUCGGAGAACUUGAAUCAUUUUCUUUGGGUUGGUAAGAUAGUGCUUGGAGCGUCUGUCUGUUUCAUCUAACUUUCAUUAGAGUUGUAGAUGUUUUAUAUAUGUUUAGUCUUUCAAAUGUAGUCAACAUUUUGUUUCAUUUCAUACAAGUUACUUUCAUUUACCGCUGCUUUAUAGCACAGUUGUACACCAUUAAUAAGAACAACUUUUGUGUUGCCAGGUUGUGAAAAAUCCCUGUAGUUCUUCUUCAUCCUCUUCCAAUGUGACUCUUCGCUUUGUCUGUUUAGCCUCAUCUAAAGUGUCCCAGUAGGUUUACCGUAUGGAGAACUAGUACAAAAACACGCUUGAUAGAUCGUUUCUUGACUUUUUAAUGCCUUGGCUUUAAUGAAGAGUUAGAACCACAACUCUUCAUUAAAGCUCAGAUGUUUGUGUGUUAAACAUGCUUCAUGAAGUCAUUCUGGAGAAUUUGAUGGCAGCGUGAGCAACACAGUUUACAGUAGAUUUUACAGCUGUACCCUUGUUCCUGCUGGUCUGACUGGCUCAUAGUGGCUACAGUUAGCAAACUUUGGCUAAAAACAGGCUGAAACACAGUGUUGAGUUAGUUAAUGUUGCAUGCUGUGCUUUAGCAUGUUGCCAAUACAGCUCAAGGAAAAUCAGUGCCUCCUGUGACUACACAGUGGCUGCUGUUUAGAAAAAUGUACACAGUCUUACUUUGAAGGGGCAGUUUAAAAGUGGAUCAAAUAACUAUGGGUAAUAUUAAAAGAUCUUUCAAAGAAUCACAGCUCCAUAGUUUCCCUCAGCUGGAUUGAGCUUCAUAGUGAACUGAAUUUCAGCCCAGCGUUUCAGCAGCAGACAGCUGACUCCAUAAAGUUUCUAUGCACGGGCUAAAAGUGGAAUAUCAAAUGUUGAGCUUCAUUGGUUUUAAGGAUUUACAAGCAUUUGGAGCUGCAAACUUCACAUAACUUGACAAACCAAAAUUUGCUUUAUGAAUGGUGUCUAAGUGAGCAGAUGUUUUUAUUCGUUUAGUUGUUUUCUUUUAGCUUAAAACUCCUUUAUAGCAUUGACCUUUUUCAAAUACGGCACAGUUGCGUCUGUUGCUGUUCAGGUAUUUUCGUUCCUAGUCGGAUGUCUCACAGUAGUGUUGAGUCUGUUAACGUAUACAUGGAGAUUAUUUUUAGCUUGAGGGUUACAUGUCGGUCCAGACACUCAUAACAUUCCCUGCCCCAGCAAUAACAGUAAGAGAGAAGAACUGAACAAUUGUACCUUACGGAAGAGCUGAGUUGAAUGAAUCGCAUGUGGAAAUGAGCCUUGAGACAGCAGGUUAUUCUGCUCUCUUCAAGUAAUGGUGGCUGCAGCAGAUAAACUAACGUGGUUUUUUAAAUGGAUGAUGAAAGCUGCCUUCUUUCAAAGAGAAACAGUCUCACUCUCACAACCAGCAGCAGAUGAACACUACACCUUACUCUGGCAUCUACAGAUGAGAGAGAGAAAGGGAAAUGGAAACCAAAUGAAUGAAAGAAAAAGGAUUCUUUCCGGUUUCUAUGAGAAACUGCUUCAGCCUUUGUGAAGGCCGUCAACACUUACUCACUAUUAAUGAGAAUUUCUUAAUUUUCUGCUUUUUACUCAUGCAUUUUUAUACGACUGUGUGUCCUGAUUGCGCUCUGGUUGUAAAUUUCUCUCUGUAUUUCUUACUUGGUGAAGAUGAGCUUUUUUUUAAAUGUUGUUUUUGUGUGUAGUCUUUAGUCUUUUGUAUCAUAACCACCUGUUUUGCACAUAUACCUCCUCCCAGACCUUUUUAUCAAUGCUGUUGUUGCUUGUCAUCUCAUUUUAUAAUGUACUUUUCUGUCGGAGGAUGGAGCACACGGGAUGGGCCGAACCAUUCUGGAUGCUAAUAUUAACAGCUACUUAUUGCAUUUUGGAGUGUAACAUGUUGUACAGCGCUACACUGCUCACAGGCUGCAGAAAGUUCCCUUGAAAGAGAAUCAAAGGGUCCAUUUGUGUUGUUUCUCUGGCAGAAACUCCUAAUGUGUCGGUGUGUUUCUGAUUCAGCAGCGUAGUGACUUUGAUCAGAGGUCUGGGUAAAAGGCACGUCAACACAACAAGCCAAACUUGCACAUGUCCAAUGUUCAUUUUCAUAACUGACUAAUGAUACCAAAGCUUCAUGUACCCACCCAGAGCUGCGUGGAUGGGCUUGUUUGAUCUGUGUGGGGAAAGUCUGAUGUGUGGAUUGCUGAAUUGUGAAAGCAAUGAAAUAAAGGCUGUCGAAUAAA